AUGCUUUCCAGGCACCUUUCCAGGGCCACCAAGCUGCCUCUGAGCGUUGGCGUUAGAGUUGGCCAGAAGCACCGUGGAUUGGCCUCUGUCAGUGAUGAUCCGCUCAGCAGGAAGGUCGAAAUGACCAACUGGGAGAAGGGUAACUUCAUCAACUACAAGAAGAUGAGCGAGAACCUCGCUAUUGUCCGUGCCCGUUUGAACCGUCCUCUUACAUAUGCCGAAAAGAUCCUCUACUCGCAUUUAGACGAUCCUCACGGCCAGGAAAUCGAGCGCGGCAAAUCCUACCUCAAGCUCCGACCGGAUCGUGUUGCUUGCCAGGAUGCCACUGCUCAGAUGGCCAUCCUGCAAUUCAUGAGUGCGGGUUUGCCUAAGGUUGCAACUCCAACAACUGUGCACUGUGAUCAUUUGAUCGAAGCGCAGGUUGGUGGAGCCAAGGAUUUGGCAAGGGCUGAGGAGAUCAACAAGGAGGUCUAUGACUUCUUGUCAACUGCUUGUGCUAAGUACGACAUUGGAUUCUGGAAACCUGGUUCUGGUAUUAUUCACCAGAUUAUUCUCGAAAACUAUGCUUUCCCCGGAGGUCUUCUUAUUGGUACCGACUCGCACACCCCCAACGCUGGUGGUUUGGGAAUGUGCGCUAUCGGUGUCGGUGGUGCUGAUGCUGUCGAUGUUAUGGCCAACCUUCCUUGGGAGUUGAAGGCUCCUAAGAUCAUUGGUGUUAAGCUCACCGGUCAACUGAGUGGAUGGACCUCUCCUAAGGACAUUAUCUUGAAGGUUGCUGGUAUCCUCACCGUAAAGGGAGGAACUGGAGCUAUUGUUGAGUACCACGGUCCUGGUGUUGACAAUCUCUCAUCUACUGGUAUGGGAACUAUUUGCAACAUGGGCGCUGAGAUUGGUGCCACCACCUCUGUCUUCCCCUUCAACGACCGCAUGUACGAUUACUUGGCUGCUACCAAGCGUAAGGACAUUGGAGACUUUGCCCGCACUUACGCUAAGGAGCUCCGUGAGGACCAGGGCGCUGAGUAUGACGAGCUGAUCGAGCUCGACUUGAGCACUCUUGAGCCCCACAUCAACGGACCUUUCACCCCCGAUCUUGCUACCCCGAUCUCCAAGUUCAAGGAUGCUGUUGAGGAGAACGGCUGGCCCGCUGAGCUCAAGGUUGGUUUGAUCGGUUCUUGCACUAACUCCUCAUACGAGGACAUGUCCCGUUCUGCCUCUAUUGCCCGUGAUGCUUUGAACCACGGAAUCAAGGCCAAGUCUGUCUACACCGUCACCCCCGGUUCCGAGCAGAUUCGUGCUACCAUCGAGCGUGAUGGUCAACUCCAGACCUUUGAGGAGUUUGGUGGCAUUGUUCUUGCCAACGCUUGCGGACCUUGCAUUGGUCAAUGGGACCGUCGUGAUGUCAAGAAGGGAGAGCCCAACUCUAUCAUCUCUUCAUACAACCGUAACUUCACUGGCCGUAACGACGCCAACCCCGCCACCCACGCUUUCGUCACCUCUCCCGACCUUGUCACCGCCAUGACCAUUGCCGGUGAUCUUCGCUUCAACCCCCUCACCGACAAAUUGAAGGACAAGGACGGAAACGAGUUCAUGCUCGCCCCUCCCACUGGUGCCGGUCUCCCCGAGCGCGGAUACGACCCAGGAAGGGACACCUACCAGGCCCCUCCUGCGGACCGCGCAUCGGUCCAGGUCCAGGUUUCCCCUAGCUCUGACCGUCUCCAAGUACUUUCCCCCUUCAAGCCCUGGGACGGAAAGGACGCCAAGGGCAUCCCGAUCUUGAUCAAGUGCAAGGGUAAGACCACCACCGACCACAUCUCUAUGGCCGGUCCUUGGUUGAAGUACCGUGGUCACUUGGACAACAUCUCCAACAACAUGUUGAUUGGUGCCACCAACGCUGAGAACGACCAGGCCAACAGUGUCAAGAACUUCAUCACUGGCGAGUAUGAUGCCGUGCCAGCCACUGCUCGUGACUACAAGGCCAGGAACAUCCCAUGGGUUGUUAUCGGUGACUGGAACUACGGAGAGGGAUCUUCCCGUGAGCAUGCCGCCCUUGAGCCCAGGCACUUGGGUGGUCUUGCCAUCAUUACCAGGUCUUUCGCUCGUAUCCACGAGACCAACUUGAAGAAGCAGGGAAUGCUUCCUCUCGUUUUCGAGAACCCUGCCGACUACGACAAGAUCAACCCUGAUGACAAGGUUGACUUGUUCAUCACCGAUCUCGCUGUCGGAAAGCCCAUGAGGAUAAGAUUCCACCCCAAGAACGGAAGCCCAUGGGAGACCAACCUUAUCCACACCUUCAACGAGGGCCAGAUCGAGUGGUUCAAGAACGGCUCAGCUCUCAACACCAUGGCCAAGGCUCAACGCUCUUAG